UUGUCACAAGUGGCGCCGUCUUGCGGCCAUUACACUCUCGCAAUUUUGCCGAUUUCGGGCCUGUUUUGCACACUUGUGAGACUUUUAGGCCGCGAUUUCGGUAUAAUAACAAAUUUGGGACUAAUUUUAAUACAUUAAAGGGGUUUUUAUGUUGUUUAUCACUUUUUCCGGUGGUAAAAAGCCGUUGAACCGCCCUCUGACGUCCAGCUAUCACACUAGAAUUUGCAAUGGCGUCAUUGUGUUUGUGCUCGAAUUAUUGAAAAUCGUGAAUUUCUGUGGGAAAAUCCGAGUGUAGCGGCGAUGAUUUUGUGUUUGGUGCGUUAGAGCCCCCUUUGGCGGUGUGUGGGCUCUUGUCGCUCCGUGGGGCUCCGGGGCCCCGCUAUGCACAAGAAUGGAGACGAAACUGUGCCGAAUAUGCGGAAAACUCGGCCAAAACUACAUGAAUAUUUUCCGGACCGAAGGCCUGAAGAACAAGAUCGAAACAUGUCUCCCGAUCAUUGUGUCGCCCCAUUCGCUCCUCCCCGACACGAUCUGUGGCGAAUGCUCGGAGAAUGUGGACAAUUUCUACAGUUUUAUCAAGAAUUGUCUCCAAAAUAUCAUCAUUCUUGAAGCCCAAUAUGACAUAAAUGAGUCUUGUUUGAAGACGAAGCGGAAGCACGACAAGGGAUGCACCACCGACUUGUCCCGAAAAAGCGAGAAAAAUACUCAAACUAUCGAUUAUCUUGAUCUCCUCCUCAAAGAAAACGAAUUCCAGUUGAAUUUCCCAGUCCCCAAUCUCAAAAAACUCGUCGAUUAUGACGAUUCCGAUUGUGAAGAGUCGAAAGAAUCCUCAAUUUUUGAUAAUUUCGGCCGAAAGUACUUCGACGAUGCAGAAAACUACCUUAUCGACGAAAUAACUCAACGCAAAAAGCGCAAAAAUGAGGAUACGAUCGAAUCCUCACGUGCGAAAAUCUGCAAAAUCGAAACCACCAAUCGUCGAAAAAGCAAACAACCGAAAAAACUCGAACUAAAACCCGAUUUUCUAGGGGAAUUACCUCAAGUGUGUUUACUAUGCGAUGAACAAUUCACCGGUCCUUCCAUGUUGGCUAGUCACGUGUUUGAAACUCACGGCAUUGACAUGGCGGCCGUUGCCAGUGAUACCAACGACAAAAAGAAAAAGUUACCAAAUCUACUCAAGAUCUCCGAUCUCAGGAAAAGCGACUCGAUUGAAGAAGAAGAACCGCCAACUCUUCUUCCGAGUUUCGUUUGUUCUCUCUGUCCGGCCAUGUUUACGUCACGACCGGACCUUUUCGGCCAUCUUCGGGUCAAACAUUCCGACCAAUCAGCUCUCUUAUGUGGCAUGUGUCUGUAUCAAGCCUCCUCAUUGACUAAUCUCCAAUCACAUGUCGAGUUAUGCUCCCACCAACAUCCAAUCACAACCAAGUAUGUCUGUCAAGUGUGUCGCUACGGUGAUGAUAAUUCGAAAUCAUUGGAGAAUCAUAUUCUCGUCCACGACUUCCUAUUGGAUGCGUGUAAAAAACAAUCGAAGAUGUUCGACCCAGCCGACUAUAUUGAAACGAAUGGUAAUUACGAAUCAGGAGGGUCCUCACCUCUCUCGAAAAGUUUAGCGUGUAGUGAAUGUGGAAUGGACGAUUUUGAUAAUUUUAAAGAGUUUAGUACGCAUAGAAGGAGCCAACAUUCGAUUUUCCACUGCGAUCUAUGUAAUAAAUUCUAUGGAAGAAACUCACAUUUAUGGAAACACGUCAAUAGAUUACAUAAAGGACAUCCAAGUAUCACUUGUCAGUUGUGCUACAAGACGAGUGCUUCAAAAUACCACUUGGCCCAACAUUUCAACAAAAUCCAUAGUACGAAAAGUUGUAAAAAGGGCGAAAGUCAGCUGAAUUUUGACAAUACUGAUGAUUUUAUGUCACAGAAAUUCCAAGCUUUUGAUUUUCAAUCGGUCAAACAGAGUUUCAUGCGACAAGAAUUGUUAGAACAGCAAGAGAAAAGAUCGGAGAAUGACGACAAUUCGAAUAAUCGUUUAUCGGAUCAGGAACCACCAUCUGCACCCAAAGAAAUCGACUCAUCUAGUGACCUUUACACCAACAUUAUUACCAACUACACACCACCGGCCAACGAAGGCGAAUUCAAAUGCCCCAAAUGCGGGAAAGGUUUCCACAAGAAGACUCUUCUAAAGAAGCACAAGAAGAAUUGUCGGCCACGUCUCCAAAAAGACUUACUUACACGAUGUAAAUCAUGCGCUCGUAUCUUUAAAGAUCGUCAAAGUCUUGCCAAACAUUUGGUUAAUUAUCAUUCCGAAUACGCGUGUGAAAUAUGCGGUCAAAAAGUACAAAGUAAAUGCGAAAUUGUCUCGCAUAUAAGAUUCACACAUCCCGGUUGUCACUUGUUUUGUACAAUUUGUGGUAAUAUAUUGCGUAGUCGGAAUGAUAUGGCCGACCACACACGUGACCAUAUGAAUAGUUACGUGUGUCAGUUCUGCGCAGACGCAUUACCGAGUAAAAUCAAACUUAAAAUGCACAUUUUAAGUCUACAUCGAAAAAUCUUAAGUUUGAGUUGUGGUGUGUGUUUGAAGUUGUUUGAGAGUCAACAUGUAUUAAGAGAUCACGUUAGGUUGGUACAUAGAGAUCAGUUGGCACCACUGACUUCGUGUCCAGUUUGUGGUAAGAAUUAUGGGUCGAAAUGGAAAACUUACGACCAUUUGAAUAAAUCACAUGGGCGGAUUUUUAAAGCUUGUAAGGCGUGUCUUGAAGUUUUUGACAACGAAAGUCAAUUACAAGUCCAUUAUGACACUGUACAUGGUAGUGGGGGUAAAAAUAAUAUACCGGUAGUGAGUCAGGUUAGCCAACCACAGAAUCAUUGCGAGAGUGAGAGUGACAGAGAGACAAAUAGCGAACAAAGUGAUGAACAAGAAGAGGACGAACAGAAAGACUAUUUCUUAGAUUUGAAAGAUAGUAAAAUAUCACUAUUGGAAAAACGAUUAUUGGGUAAGAAAAUCACCGAAGAGAAAGUUUUACCACCGAAAAUCAACAAUAAAAAAAUCAAAGAGAAAGAAAUCGAUUUCGACACUAACCCUCAACAUAAUAGUUCAAAACGUACAGUUUAUGUCAAUAGUAAUGACCCGUCUUUUUGUGAAAUAUGUCAUAAAACGUGGCCUGCUAAGAAACACCUAUGGCAACACUAUAUUCGUUGUCAUAAAUCAGUGGCGGCUACGGUUUGUGGCAUUUGUUUGAAAACAAAUUCGUCGUAUGGUGCGCUCCAAGCCCACUUGAUGGAAACCCAUCCGACGCUUCUUCACGGUCAAGGUUUCGGUUCGAAUUUCAUUUGUCGGAUUUGUGGUCGUUAUCACAACGCGUCGAGUAAAUUAAAAUUGCAUAUGGCCAUCCAUGAGAAUUUUGAUUGGUCAAUGCUUGAGCCGAAACAAGAGAACAAGAAGGAAGAAAACGGCUUUCAGGACACUUCUGAGAUAAACUACGAGAGUUUGAUUGAGCAAGUUGAGUGUUCGUCAGGGUCGGAGAGUGAAGUUGUUGAGACGAAAGAUAAAGAAUCGAGUUCGGAGGAUGAGGAGAGUGACAGUGAUGUGUCGGAAAUGUCCGAUAAUUUGGGUAAGACGAACGAAGCGAGUUCGGUGAGUGAGGAAGAGGAGGAGGAGUCGAGUGGGAGUUGGUUUAUGGUCAAGAGUGAGGAGAGUGAAGAAGAGGAGAAGUUGGAGGAGUUGGAUUCGGCGAUUAAUUCAAUCAAGUAUGAAUGUGUGGAGAAAGUUGAGGAGGAAAUUGAGGACGAAUAUUGCGAUUUGCAAGCGCAAAGUUUGAAUGAUAACGAAAUUGAGUCGGCGGUGGGGAGUAUAUUGUAAAUAAGGGUAGGUUAGAAUUCGAUGUUCAGUUUUUAUGAUGCAUAUCUUGUAUUUGGCAUUAAGGUAAAGACAUUGUAUAUAACUCAUGAUUUUUUCAUGUAAGACUUGUCUUAUGUAUGAGGAAGAGACUGUUUUUUUUUAUAAGUAUUUAGGUAUUUUAUUGUAAGUAAUCUGCUUGUUUAGGAUAGUACUAUAUUCUAAGAUAUUUUUUUAUAUUUAUUUUUUUAUAUUGAUUUCGACUAGUACAUAACUUAAGUCAUUCCCAUACUCAGUAACUGUAAGGCUAUGUGUAUAUAAAAAUGAUAUUCAUGAAGUAAUACAUAAUUUUUUAUGA